AUGUGGCUCUGAAUCCCAAGCACGGUCCCUGAGAAGCCCCAUUGGAUGCUAUUUUAAAAUGUUCAUGGACCAGCAACUAUUCAGAACAAAGACCAAGUUGGAUGGUACUGCUCAGCACUUUGUGUGACCAGAGCAUGUUGCAAGCUUUCAUCGAGCCAGAGCAGGACAGAGAUUGGUGUCGGUCUUGUGGGCUUUGGCCUAUUUUUCAUCUUUUUUGGGGUGCUCUUGUACUUUGACUCAGUGCUGCUGGCCUUUGGAAACCUCCUGUUCCUUUCUGGCUUGGCCAUUAUCAUUGGACUGACAAGGACUUUCAGCUUCUUCUUCCAGAAGGAAAAGCUAAAGGGCACCGGUUUCUUCCUGGGAGGCAUUCUCAUUGUGCUCCUGAGACAGCCUCUUCUGGGCAUGUUGCUGGAGACCUAUGGCUUCAUCACCCUCUUCAGGAAUUUUUUCCCAGUAGUCUUUGGAUUUCUGGGAGUUUGGGAAAAUAUUCCACUGCUGAGCAAGCUAUUCCAGAAACUAGGAGAAACCAGCUCCUUGGUGUGACCUGGAAGAGUUUCCAACAGCUAGUGGAGAUAACGUCACCUGCUAUAGACACCCAGAUCCGUGGGCAGCCAGCUCUCAUCGUACAGACACUAAUCUGCGGUCUCUCCUAGCCAAGAGCCACCUGGACUGGACAUGCUCUUUUAUUGUGUGAAGGAAGCAGCUUGGAGCCAACAGAUCCUGCUACCACUUAACCCAAAAAUCCAAGCCUUGCUAUCAGGUUGCUCCCAGUUGGAGAGAGAUGGCUGAGAUUCUCACCUUCCCAUGAGCUACACUGGAAUGAAUGAGUUUCCCAAGCCGGAUGGUUGUGCAAGUUGUUGAUUUACUCU